AGUGGUAUGUACUACAGAGAGAAGUCCAGCAGGGAGGAGGAUGGGGGUGGGGGUUUACAGUUUUACAGAGUGGUUUGAGAACGGCUCACCGAGCAGGUGACGUUUCAGCAAAGGACUGAAGUUAGUGGGGAAGUGAACCAUGUGGACACCUGCAGGAGGGGGUGGGACUAGGCCAGGCAGAGAGAACAGCAGGUGCAAAGUCCCUGCAGUGGGAGCAUUGGCGGCUGAGGCCUGGAGAGGAGCAGAAUAGUAGGAGAAGAGCACAAAGAGAGGAUUAGAACUGCUUCCUCCUUUGGUUUACCGGAAACUCUGUGCAGCUGGAGCUGUGGCACCAGCUGGGUCAGUCUGUGCCGGGCCUGGGCAGGGACAGCUGCUUGGGUGCCAACCAGACCUGCCUCUUCCACCUGGGCAAAAACAUAGACCAGAACCUGGAUUCUGAUCCAAACCCCCUGGCUGGCCCAGUCAGUGUUGCCACCUUCUGGGAUGUUAGCAGAGACCUUCUUUAACAGGCCCCCCAGGCCCCCAGGCACUUGGAAGAUGCUCACAGUGGCCCUGUGCAUGGCCCUGCUGGGCUGCCUGCAGGCCCAGGAGCCCCAGGGACAUGUCUCCAUAAUCCUGUUGGGAGCAACAGGGGACCUGGCUAAGAAGUACCUAUGGCAGGGGCUGUUCCAGCUCUACCUGGAUGAGGCGGGGAAGGGCCACAGUUUUAGCUUCCAUGGGGCUGCCCUGACAGCCCCCGAGCAGGGCCGAGAGCUCAUGGCCAAGGCCCUGGAAUCCCUCUCCUGCCCCAAGGACAUGGCACCCAGUCACUGUGCCGAACGCAAGGAUCAGUUCCUGCGGCUGAGCCAGUACCGCCAACUGAAGACAACUGAGGACUACCAGGCUCUGGGCAAGGACAUUGAGGCGCAGAUCCAGCACGAAGGCCUCCGGGAGGCUGGCAGGAUUUUCUACUUCUCUGUGCCACCCUUCGCCUAUGCAGACAUCGCCCGCAACAUCAACAGCAGCUGUCGUCCCGGCCCUGGCGCCUGGCUGCGGGUGGUCCUUGAGAAACCCUUUGGCCAUGACCACCUGUCAGCCCAGCAGCUGGCCACAGAGCUCAGGAGCUUUUUCCAGGAGGAGGAGAUGUACCGGGUGGACCAUUACCUGGGCAAGCAGGCCGUGGCGCAGAUCCUGCCUUUCCGAGACCAGAACCGCAAGGCUUUGGACGGCCUCUGGAACCGGCACCACGUGGAGCGGGUGGAGAUCGUGGUGAAGGAGAGUGUGGACGCGGCAGGUCGCACCAGCUUCUACGAGGAGUACGGCGUCAUUAGGGACAUCCUCCAGAACCACUUGACCGAGGUCCUCACGCUCGUGGCCAUGGAGCUGCCGCGCAAUGUCAGCGACGCGGAGGCCGUGCUGCGGCUCAAGCUUCAGGUCUUCCAGGCGCUGCGGGGCCUGCAGAGGGGCAGCGCCGUCGUGGGCCAGUACCGGACGUACGGCGAGCAGGUGCGCAGGGAGCAGCAGAAGCCGGACAGCUUCCACAGCCUGACGCCGACCUUUGCAGGUGUCCUCGUCCACAUCGACAACCUCCGCUGGGAGGGUGUUCCGUUCAUCCUGACGUCUGGCAAGGCCUUGGACGAGAGAGUGGGCUACGUCCGGGUCUUGUUCAAGAACCGGGCAUAUUGUGUCCAGAGCGAAAAGCACUGGGCCCCGGAGCAGAGCCCGUGCCUGCCCCGACAGAUCGUCUUCCACAUCGGGCACGGCGAGCUGGGCAGCCCCGCCGUGCUGGUCAGCAGGAACCUGUUCAGGCCCUCGCUGCCCUCCGAGAGCUGGGUGGAGAUGGAGGACCGGCCGGGGCUGCGUCUCUUUGGCCGCCCCCUGUCCGACUACUACGCCUACAGUCCCUCGAGGGAGCGGGACGCCUACUCCGUCCUCUUGGCGCAUAUCUUCCACUGCCGGAAGGACUCCUUCAUCACCACGGAGAACCUGCUGGCCUCCUGGGUCUUCUGGACCCCUGUGCUGGACAGCCUGGCCCGAGAGGUCCCACGCCUCUACCCGGGAGGAGCUGAGAGUGGCCACCUGUUGGACUUUGAGAUCAGUGGCAGCCAGUUGUCCUUUUCCCAGCAGCAGCUGGAGCAGCUGGUGCCCGGGCCAGGGUCUGUCCCGGUGCCCAGUGAGUUCCAGGUCCUCAGGGCCAAGUACCGAGAGAGCCCGCUGAUCUCAGCCUGGCCCGAGGAGCUGAUCGCUAAGCUGGCCGACGACAUGGAGGCCACAGCUGUGCGGGCCGUGCAGCGCUUCGGCGAGUUCCACCUGGCGCUGUCGGGCGGCUCCAGCCCGGUGGCCCUGUUCCAGGAGCUGGCCACGGGGCACUAUGGCUUCCCCUGGGCCCACACGCACCUGUGGCUGGUCGACGAGCGCUGCGUCCCACUUUCGGACCCGGAGUCAAACUUCCAGGGCCUGCAGGCUCACCUGCUGCAGCACAUCAGGGUCCCCUACUACAACAUCCACCCCAUGCCCGUGCACCUGCACCAGCGGCUCUGCGCCGAGGAGGACCAGGGCCCCCAGGUCUACGCCAGGGAGAUCUCAGCCCUGGUGGCCAACAGCAGCUUCGACCUGGUGCUGCUGGGCAUGGGCACCGACGGGCACACGGCCUCGCUCUUCCCGCAGUCGCCCGCCGGCCUGGACGGCGAGCAGCUGGUGGUGCUGACGAAGAGCCCCCUCCGGCCGCACCACCGCAUGAGCCUCAGCCUGCCGCUCAUCAACCGCGCCAAGAAGGUGGCGGUCCUGGUCAUGGGCAGGAUGAAGCGUGAGAUCACCCUGCUGGUGAGCCGUGUGGGCCACGAGCCCAAGAAGUGGCCCAUCUCGGGCGUCCUGCCUACUUCUGGCCAGCUGGUUUGGUACAUGGACUACGAGGCAUUCCUGGGAUGAUGGUGCCUUUUCCCUCUGCCCGCUCCACUGCCGAGCUGUCCCCACCUGCCUCGUUCCCUGCCCUCUUAGCCCCGCCACCUGCCCAGUGUGCCCCGGCUCUCUGGAAUCUGACGCCCCGGAGUCAGGCCCCAGAGAGGGCAGGACGGGCCCUGUCCCAGUGCCUCUGGCAGUCGCCCUGUCCGGCUGUGGUGGGUAGGUGCAGACACAAGGGAGAAGUGGAAUCUCUGCUCUCAGGAAGCUUCAGAUCCAGGUCGGGAGGGAACCCUUAAGAAAAGGCCUAUGGCAGUCACGUGUUAACAUCAACCUGCCCCAAAUAGGAAAGAGCGAAAGCUCCCAGGUUCAGAAGAGGGAACUCCGUGGGCUGAGCUUAAUCGGGGUUUCCUGGAGUUUCCUGGAGCGGGGGAUCCUUGGAACUGGCUCCCGUGCAAAAGAAGAGUGCGAUUGGCGGAGAGAAGGACGCAAAGGCACCCAGGGGAGGGCAGCGCCCUGUGCAAAGCAGGGACGCUGGGACCGUUCUGAGACCUUGAGCAGGUUGGGGCUGUGCUUCCUCCAGCUGCCCCUCCCAGAGCCUCUGCACAGUCAGCCUCUGUCUCUUCCAGCGGCCUCUUCCAGCG